AUUCCAGGGGGCGAGCGUUGGGGCCAAAGGCUCGCUGGCGUCUCGGAGGCGGGCUAAUCGGUGGCGGCCAAAGCAGAGCGGAGCCUUGUGACACCCGAAAGUCCGUCAAGUUUUCCUGGAGUAAGUGUGGACGUCUCUGUAAGUGUGAAGCCAUCAUGGUGGCAUUUAAAGGCAUCUGGACUCAGCCCUUUUGGAAAGCUGUUUCAGCAGAAUUUUGGGCAAUGCUAAUUUUUGUCCUCCUCAGCCUCGGAUCUACAAUCAACUGGGGUGGAACAGAAAAGCCUCUCCCUGUAGACAUGGUCCUGAUCUCUCUCUGCUUUGGACUCAGCAUUGCAACAAUGGUGCAGUGCAUUGGACAUAUCAGUGGUGGCCAUAUUAACCCUGCCGUGACUGUUGCAAUGGUCUGUACUCAGAAGAUCAGCCUUGCCAAAUCUAUCUUCUACAUUGCAGCCCAGUGCCUUGGUGCCAUCGCAGGAGCAGGAAUCCUCUACCUUGUCACACCCCGAAGUGUGGUAGGGGGAUUGGGCAUUACCAAGAUACAUUCAGAUCUGACAGCUGGUCAUGGACUACUGGUGGAGUUGAUAAUUACUUUCCAACUGGUUUUCACUAUUUUUGCCAGUUGUGAUUCUAAGCGAAACGAUGUCACAGGUUCAGUGGCAUUAGCAAUUGGAUUAUCGGUGGCAAUAGGACAUCUGUUUGCUAUCAGCUACACAGGUGCUAGCAUGAAUCCGGCUAGGUCAUUUGGACCUGCAGUUAUCAUGGGAAAAUGGGACCAUCACUGGAUAUAUUGGGUGGGCCCAAUUAUAGGAGCAGUUCUCGCAGGGACGCUCUAUGAAUACGUCUAUUGUCCUGACGCUGAGCUCAAGCGCCGGCUCAAAGAAGCCUUUAAUAAGACAAGCCAGCAGUCCAAAGGGAAAUACAUAGAAGUAGAAGACACCAGGAGCCAGGUGGAGACGGAUGAUUUGCUCCUCAAGCCUGCAGCGGUCCAUGUCAUUGACCUCGAGAGAGGUGAUGAUAAGAAAGGAAGAGACCCAACUAAUGAGGUGUUAUCGUCUGUAUGACUAGGAAGGAGCACUGAAAGCAAAGAACAGUCUGCUAGCAUGCCCACAGAUAGCCUUCCACCCAUAAAAGAGACAGAUUUGUUGUAAAAUUAGGGAUCUACUACACCUUACAACUCUAGGGAGAUAUAGCAGCAUUGAAUUAGCUGUUCAAUUGGACCACAAUCCUUUCCGGUUGAAAAGGUAGUAGGUAACCAUGUCCAAGGAUCCUAGAUUAUUCCAGAUUCAUAAAUGUACUAUUGAUCAUGGCCACAGAAGGGGAAUCCAAUAUCCUGUACACAUCCUGAGUGACUUUUGAAAGAAGGCUUGAUUUUAAUUCAGGCAGUUUUGAGCAGGAAAUAGCAAUCACUAACAGUCAGAUUGACAGAUGAAACUUAUUUGAAGAUGCCCACAGAAACAGAAGACGUGUCUAUCAGAUUGUUCUUCUGACACUUAAUUGGCUGUUGUCAAUCCUGAUUAGAAUUUUAAUUACAGAAUCAGUCACAACAGGGCCAACAUGCAGGACACAACAAAUUCUUCCAAAGCAUUUGCCUUUUCUUCACCUCCCAUGCUUCUAAAUUAGUCCUUCUUACACCCUCUUUCCAUUUCUCCCAUACCACACUAGUGUAUUUCCCCCUUCCCUCCUCCAAAAGCCCUCUCUCUGAAAUGGGUAAUCUGCAUCUGAGGGCUGAUGUACCCAUAUAGGAAGGCUAGGAGCCUGCAGCUUUUUCUCUUAUCCAACUGAGAACAAACUUUCACAAAAUCAACUUGGUUAUCACAUACUCCGGCUAAAACGACAGAAGACGCACAGUGAACAAUGUAGGUCCAAAUUUUACUCCUUCUUCCAAUGAUGUAAUCCAGAGUUAAGCAUUUGGAAUGCCAGUACAUUUGAACAGGAGGCUUUCAGGCCCACAUCUAAGUGAAAUCAAAAGGAUAUUGAAAGAGAUUAAUUUGGGGUGGAUCAUGCCCAUGAAAAUUUGAGAGAUAUCAAAAAGAAGAGGAAGGCUGUUCUGUUUUCAGUGCACUUAAAUGAAGUAUUACUGGGGCAGUUUUUAUAACUGUGAUAUUAAACUACUUAUCAAUCUUGUAUGUUUACAUUUAAAUAUACAUAUAAUAACCAGGAGCUUACUUUCAAAUACUACUGGGAAAUACAUUGGUAAUGGGUGUUUUGUGCUAUGGCUAACAUCGUUAAUUUUAGAGCAGCUUGAAAUACAAUGCAUUUCCUAUACACAGAUCAUUUUUAAAUGUAGGAAAAACCAUGCAAUUGGAUGUAGAUUGCCACAUGUGAAAGACAUGUCUUAUUCCACUAUGCUCCCAUCCACCAUCCACAUGUUGGAAAGCUGUCAUGAGCAAAUCUGUCUUCUGGAGAGUUGUAGCCCAUGGCCACCUAAUUUUUUAAGGGUAAAAAUGGAGCAGAUAAGUGGCAUCCAUGAACUUUCAGUCGAUCAAGGAGCCAGAGCAUGGAAUAGCUUCCAACUUCGCAUGAUAUUGCACUGCUGAAUUGUGAACUUUUCAUUUAUGUGCUUUGCAUGCUUGGUCAAAACUGAGGAACACCUACACUUACUGAUUGUAUCCAGAACUGAUUUGUGCUAUGGCUGAGGUUUUCUGUACAGGCUCCUGUUCAGAGUUUAAUUAAUGAAAUGUGACAAUUACUUAGAACCACCCUGAAAAACACAUAUUCUUAUAUAAAAGGGUGUUAGCUCAGGCUUCUUUGCUGUUGGUUAAUAUUUCCAGGUAGGAAAGAGCACAUCAAGUUAUGUGUAACAAGAUGAGGGACAGCACACUUUUUCCUCCAUGAAUGUGAUAUUUAUAUGUUGUUUUGUUAUUGUUGUUUUAAGACUUCUUAUUUGAAGCAGCUCCAAAAUGAAGAGGGAAGAAAUGAGGGCAUGGCAAAUUGAAAUGAUGAAAGUACCAGCUCUUCCAACAGAUGAGCAUGAGAAAAAAAGAUAGCCAAGAUCUAAUAAGUAAAAGAAAUACUAUGUACUUUUUAGAAUUGUGAGUGACCAGUGGGGCCCAUUUUGAUGGACUAAAUGCAGGGAAAGUGAUUUUAUAUAGAAGUAAAUGUGAAUUACCUCAAUGAAAGAAAGGCUGGGCAACUCAGCCAACUGAGAACAAACUUUCACAAGUUUGUUUCUUUAAAGAUGCAUUACUUAGGAGUGGUACAGGUGGUCUGAGCAGAGCUUUAAAGAGUUAACUUUUUGGACUACAGCUCUCAGAAUCUCCCACCAGUAGCAGUCACUGGCCAUGUUGACAGGAGGCAAUGGGAGCUAUAGUCCAAAAAGUUGUUUUUCCAGUUUCUGAUUCUGAUGCAAACACAACAGUGGUGGGAUUGCUAUAGCUACACCACAGUUUGACUGUCCUGAGAAAAUGAUUAGACCACAACCACACAGAAUGUUUCAAAAAUGGUUUUGUACUGCUGGUAGAUUUACUCUUUGGUUAAAAUGCUGAAACUUCUCUUUAUACAUAAGACAGCAUUUUUAUGCUGUAAUGGUUCUCUUUAUAUUUGUAUUGUCAUAAGGUUGCAUCAACACAUAUUUAUACCAUACAUUACAUGUUUCCAUAAACUGUGAUCCACCUAGAAGUUUUUUCAGUGCCUGAUAAACUGUUUUACAAAUAGUCUUAAUGUGUUCAUCAUGUAGUUGAGAAAUGUUGCUGCCGUGUUGUUUAAGCAGAAGAUACAAAACACAGUGGUGCCUCGCAAGACAAACACCUCAUGGGACAAAAAACCUGCAAGACGAAUGGUUUUUGCGAUUGCUGUGGUGCCUCACAAGAUGACUUCUUCUAUAGACGUGCUUCUAUAGACAAUUUUUUCCCACAAGACCAAUGCCUCGCAAGACGAAAAUAAUUCAUUUGUCUUGCAAGGCUCCCAUAGCAAUGCAUUGCAGUGCAUUCCUAUGGGAAACCGCUUUUCGCCAGAUGAAAAUUUCACAAGACAGCACUACUCGCGGAACGAGUUAACUUUCAUCUUGCAAGGCACCACUGUACAUCAAAUGUAGGGCUAAGUCUUCUACUAGCCUUAAAUAGAUUAGACCCAUUGGAAUCAACUGAACUCCAAUUAACUCUGAUUAAGAAGUCCUAUUCAUUCAAUGGACUCACCUUUAAGUAUGAAUAAUGUUGGGUUUAGCCAAGAGAUAUCAACUUCUACUGUACAGUGAAAAUUAGAGGGGAAAAACCACAGCAGCAAAGGCAGGAAGAUGUGGCCCUUUGGAUGUUGUUAGGCUGCAACUCUCAUCCACAUUUGCCAGAACACACCUUGAUGGAGAGAUGAUGAGAUCUGUAGCUAAACAAUGUCAGGAGGGCUACAUUUUCCCCAGCAAUCCCCUAGCAAUAGGAAUUAAUCCAAUUGGGCACCCUGCCUGUUCAUAUUAUGACAAAAAAAAACCAAAACAGAUAUACCAGCUUUGCAAUUAGAAAAUGAUGGAACAUUAUUCUUCUAUCAUUUCCCCCCCAAAUUUCUGUGUGUGCACAAUCAAUGGGUAAAUGAAUCCCAUGCGUCUCUCCUAAUUACCAGUCACCCAACAAAAGCUGGCUAAUUAGUAACUUACAGAGCUAUGCAUCCUCAUAGUAGGAAAAACAAGCAUCCUUAAGGGAGUUUCAUUUCUAACUGGAAAGUGGUAGCCCACUGCUUCUGGCCUUUUUGUGUAUGUACUGAAUCAGACCAGCAUGGAAUCUCUGGAAAAAGCUGUGCUUUCAUGGUCACCUUCCAUUUCGCUUUUCCCUAGUUUAUAUCAAUUGGCAGAGCAAUUCUGUAGUGGUGAUGAGAGAAGGAAUCCAUGACAGAGCAACAACCAGAUUCAGUGCCCAAGGGUGGGAACUGGAAGCAAUUUUUUUCCAGCCAUUAACCCUAGUAGGGUGGAUUGCAGUGGCAGCCAUGAGGGUUAUAGUUCUGGCCAUUCUCAGGGCUCUUUCUUUCUUCUAGGAUUCAGUGGAUCUUACCUAAUAUGUUUUCAGGGUGUACUGCUUGGACCUGCAACACUCGUUCGGCCCACACAGCACUUGGAAAACCCACAUUUUGGACUAAAGCACCCAGAAUUCCCUAGGCAGUAUGGCCAUUGACCAUACGGGCUGGGGAACUGAAGGAGCUGUAGCAGAAAUAACUUUUGAUCAUUCUUCCUUGCUUCUCACUGGUGAAGUGGUAUGUACAGUGCUUCAUGCAGCCCUUAGAUUACACACUAAAUAAACUGAAAACUUGGAUUCAAGAAAAAGCAGAAUGCUGAUGUGUGUAUAACUACUGUAUACGGUGCCCAAUAAUAUACUGAAAUACCAGCAUGAAGGUCACUUUAUAAUGUAUUUAUAUUUGCCAUGAAGUCCCACUCUUAUGUCCGAGGAAGUGGACUUAUCCAUGAA